CACUGUCCCCUUUUCAAUGACCCCAGCCAGUCACACAUACUCUCGCUGCAACCCCAGACAGCCAGGAGCAGCUAGAUGCUCAUGAGCAAAUAUUGAUGGUGCUGUACAUUACAAUGUGGAGAUCAGCGAGAGAGGGGGAAGGCUGGGACUAGACUGGACUUACACUGGGGAAAUCAACAGGAAAGAAUACGGUAAGAACGAAUGAUAGAGAGGGACAGGUUGAUUCUUUGUGUGGGCUGACAAGCUGGCCUGGAGGCCCUUGUUGGGGUCUUCAUGUGGGCUGUUGUUUAAUCUCUGGGGAAAUUAGCCCUGGCUAAUUAAUUAAAGCUAUGUCAGGUGCGAUUUAUAAAACCAGUGGUUCACAUGGUGAUUUACCUCCUCUCUGCUCACUGCAUGAUGGUGUCAGUUAACGUCGCCAUGGGUGCUGUUAGUCAGUAACAGAUUCAGGAGGUCCAUGGAAAAGUUUGGGGAAAUUACUGUGUUCAUUUUACUGUGAUAACAGAGGAAUAGACUAGCAACUCUCAAGGAUCUCUUUAGUUAUGAAUGUACUGCACAGGAACAGACCUAAUUUAAUACAGAAUAUAACCUAAAGGGAAUACUCGUCAGAAUAAUUGUUUUGGAAUUGUUGUGUUGGGUACAUUGUGGUUAUGGUUACAGCAGUAAGGGAAACAUCACAUAACACAAGACAAGAAGUCUGAGUCCAUGUCAAUGCUUAAAUCACAUCUGAAUAUUUUUUUUUAGGUCUGGAAGAUAAAUAACAAAUUAGGAUUUUUUAUGUAAUUCCCCUUUAAUUGUGCAUAUGGCCCUUUAAUUGUGAAUCUAGCAACUGAGAAAUGUGCUGUCUAAUGUGCCAGUCUAGUGAUGGUUCUGUAAUGCUGUUGCUCAUUCAAAGUGAGCAAAUACCAAGUCAUAGAUAAAAAUUAUAUACUUCCUGAUUAUAUACUUCUGCCAGGUAAGCCUACUUUACAGUUAACAUUAAAUUGAGAAGGUUUUGGGGAAAUUACUGUCUGUCAACCCACAAGAUGGUUAUCACAUCAACUGGCUACACACAGAAAUAAGUGAAAGAAAUACAUGCGCACCACACAGACAUACAGGGGCAAUAUUUCUGGAAAUUAAUUGGCAGCUAUUGUGUUAGGUUUGGCUUUUUAAGCCAAUAUUGGCUAACCGGGGGUGGGGUAAUGUCAGCGUUGCAUUGAUUAGAUAGUAGCUGGGAGCUUGCAGUGUCUAAUACUUGUGAGAUUUGUUAAUGACAAUUUGCAGUGGAACAUGUGAAAAUUGUACUUUCAGAAUUGUUUGGGGAGCUAGUCAUAGGUGGGCUGUGAGCUACUGGUAGCUUGCAAUCGACCUGUUGGAGACCCUGGUUUAACAUGAUUUUGCACUCCACACACAAUUAUCUGUAAGGUCCCUCAGUCGAGCAGUGAAUUUCGAACACAGAUUCAACCACAAAGACCAGGGAGGUUUUCAAAUGCCUUGCAAAGAAGGGCACCUAAUUGGUACAUGGUUAAUAAUAAAAAAGGCAGACAUUGAAUAUCCCUUUGAGCAUGGUGAAGUUAUUAAUUACACUUUGGAUGGUGCAUCAAUACACCCAGUCACUACAAAGAGACAGGCGUCCUUCCUAACUCAGUUGCCGGAGUAGAAGGAAACCGCUCAGGGAUUUCACCAUGAGGCCAAAGGUGACUUUAAAACAGUUACAGAGCUUAAUAGCUGUAAUAGGAGAAAACUGAGGCUGGAUCAACAACAUUGUAGUUACUCCACAAUGCUAACCUACAUGACAAAGUGAAAAGAAGUACAGAAUAAAAAUAUUCCAAAACAAAAGCAUCCUGUUCGUAAUAAGUCAAUAAAGUAAAACAGUAGAAAUGUGGCAAAGAGAUUAACUUCAUGUCCUGAACAGAAUUGUUUUAUUAUUUAUUUAACUAGGCAAGUCAGUUAAGAACAAAUUCUUAUUUACAAUGACGGACGAUGUUGGGCCAAAUCCGGUCGCUUCUGGGCACCGCCCUAUGUGACUCCCAAUCACGACCAGUUGUGAUACAGCCUGGAUUCGAAACAGGGUGUCUGUAGUGACGCCUCAAGCACUGAGAUGCAGUGUCUUAGACCGCUGCGCCACUCGGGAGCCCAAAAAACAUUAUGUUUCGAGCAAAUCCAACACAACAUAUCACUGGGUACCAUAUUUUCAAGCAUGGUGGUGGCUGUAUCAUAUUAUGGGUAUGCUUGUCAUUGGCAAGGACUAGGGAGUUUUUUUAGGAUAUAAAUAAAUGGAAUAGAGCUAAGCACAGGCAAAAUCCUAAAGGAAAACCUGGUUCAGUCUGCUUUCCAACAGACACUGGGAGACAUUCACCUUUCAGCAGGACAAUAACCUAAAACACAAGGCCAGAUAUACACUGGAGUUGCUUACCAAGACGACAGUUGAAUGUUCCUGAGUGGCCUACAGUAGUUGCAGCUUAAAAAUAUAUGACAAGACUUGAAAAUGGCUGGGUGAGAAAAACAUUUAUGUAAUCAAUUUUGAAUUCAGGCUGUAACACAGCAAAUUGUUGAAUUAGUCAAGGGGUAUAAAUACUGUAACAGGUUGAAAUUCGCUGCUCAACUGAGGGACCUUUGAGAUAAUUGUAUGUGUGGGGUACAUAGAUGAGGUAGUCAUUAAAAAAUCAGGUUAAACACUAUUAUUGCACAUAGAGUGAGUCAAUUCAACUCACUAUGUGAUUUGUUCAGCAAAUGUUUACUCCUUAACUUAUUUAGGCUUGCCAUAACAAAGAGGUUUGAAUACUUACAUUAUUUAUUCAUUUGUAAAAAUUCUCUAAAAACAUAUUUCCUGUUUGACAUUAUGGGGUAUUUUGUGUAGGCGAGUGACAUAAAAUCUCAAUUUCAUCCAAAUUAAAUGCAGGCAGUAACACAACAAAAUGUGGAAAAACUAAAGGGGACAGUGAAGAUCAAGUUUAUAAAUUGCUUGGCUGGGCUGAUGAGACAGUGGAUUGCGCAGUCAGAUGGAACAGAGUAAAUAGGCAUUUUAGCAUCAUGGAUUUAGCCGGUGGUAACUUGUGCAAUAGACAUCGGAUGGAAUGCGGUUUUAACCAAUCAGAAUUGAGGAUUAGACCCACCCAUUGCAUAAAAUGUAUUUCACCUGUAAUUUAGCAGAUUUAAACAGAUUUCAUCUGUAACUUGGCCACUCAGGAACAUUCACUGUCUUCUUGAUAAGCAACUCCAGUGUAGAUUUGUGUUGUAGGUUAUUGUCCUGCUGAAAGGUGAACUCCUCUCCCAAACUAUGUCUGUAUUUGCUGAUGUCAAGCAUACACAUACAAGGAUACAGUCACCACCAUGCUUGAAAAUAAGGAGGCAGUUACUCAGUGAAGUGUUGUGUUAGAUUUGUCCCAAACACAAGGCUUUGCAUUUAAGCCAAAAAGUAUAUUCCUUUGUGUUUUUUUGCAGUAUUACUUUAGUACCUUGUUGCAUACAAGAUGCAUGUUUUGGAAUAUUUUUAUACAUAUCCGGCCUAGACAGGGCUUGGACUGUAAUUGGUUAAUCCCACUUUGUAACACAAUAAAAUGGGAAGAAAUCCAAGGGGUGUGAAAACUUUUGCAAGGGCUAAAGAGUUGUCUGUGAAGUAUUUAACAGGUAAGCUACUGUAUCACAAAGCUGCUUAACAAAAUGUAAAACUCACACUAACAUUAUGUCUAGGUGUAUCUUGGUUUCCUACAGGAUUGGACUGGAAAUAAUUUACUUCCAUCAUCUUUAUUCUGAGCUGAGGUCCAUCCAGAUUUGUGAAUGAAUGAGUGGGUGGGCCCCGAAGUCAAUGUGGUGGGACCACUACAGAUCCCACACAACGAUGGAUUCCCAUUGUCCGAGAACUCACACUUCUUUGAUAUUCUGGCAGAGCAAGGAAGCCCUUUGCUUCAGGACCAAGAGGUCUUAUCCUUCACCAACUAUCCCAACAUGCAAUACCCCUUGGUGGAGCCCACCAUGUCCUCCCCUCCAUACUACUCCAAUCAGCACUACUACCCCCAAUACAGCGUUGAGGAGUGGUACUCACCCACAGAGAUUUAUGAACUGAGGAAAGAACCCCUGGAGGGUAGCUAUAAUGUUGAAAUGGAAGAGGCAUCCGCCAUAGUGCCUGCGGUGUGCAAGAGGACCAGGCACACUUCCCACGCAGGCAGGGUCAAAGGGGAGGAGCUGUGUGUGGUGUGUGGGGACAAGGCAUCUGGGUACCACUAUAACGCUCUCACCUGUGAGGGGUGUAAAGGCUUCUUCAGACGGAGCAUCACAAAGAACGCUGUGUACAAGUGCAAGAGUAAAGGGACCUGUGAGAUGGACAUGUACAUGCGCAGGAAGUGCCAGGAGUGUCGUCUCCGGAAGUGCAAGGAGAUGGGCAUGCUGGCAGAAUGUCUGCUGACAGAGAUCCAGUGUAAGUCUAAAAGGCUGAGGAAAAACACCAAGGCCUCCCCAGGAGAGUCCACUUGGGACGAGACAGAGGGGGGAGACAACGGAGACAGCAAACAGGUCACCUCCACCACCAAACUGUCAAAGGAGAAGGUUGAGCUCAGUCAAGAGCAGCAGGCUAUUUUGAGCUUCAUCGUAGAAGCUUACCAGAAACAUCGAAUCCCUCAAGACAUGGCCAAAAAACUGCUACAGGAGCAUUUCAAUGCAGACGAGAACUUCCUCCUUUUGACAGAGAUGGCCACCAGUCAUGUUCAAGUGCUGGUGGAGUUUACCAAAAACAUUCCAGGUUUCUCUGCCCUGGACCAUGAGGAUCAGAUAGCUCUGUUAAAGGGCUCGGCAGUGGAGGCCAUGUUCCUGCGCUCAGCACAGGUGUUUACCAGGAAGCUACCCCAUGGACACACAGAGGUCCUGGAGGACAGGAUCCGCAAGAGUGGAAUAUCAGAGGCGUUCAUUACACCCAUGUUCAACUUCUACAAAAGCAUCGGGGAACUCCAGAUGAUGCAGGAAGAACACGCCCUUCUCACCGCCAUUACCAUCCUGUCACCAGACCGGCCAUACCUGAAGGACCAGCAGGCAGUGGAGAGGCUACAGGAGCCUAUGCUGGAGGUGCUCAGGAGGUUCUGUGCAAUGCAGCACCCGCUGGAGCCCCAGCACUUUGCCCGUCUCCUGGGACGGCUGACCGAACUGCGAACCCUCAAUCACCACCACGCUGAGAUGCUUACCUCUUGGCGCAUGAGCGACCACAAGUUCACCCCCCUCCUCUGUGAGAUCUGGGACGUACAGUGAACGAUACAUAGAGGCUGCAUCCAUGGAUGGAUGAAUGGGGAAGAGGAGAGGACAACAAACAUUUCAACCUGUCUCCUCAGACCAUUUCAGAAACGGCAACCAUUUCAGAAACUGACCUUAUGACCAUUUCAGAAACUGACCUUAUGACCAUUUCAGAAACUGACCUUAUGACCAUUUCAGAAACUGACCUUAUGACCAUUUCAGAAACUGACCUUAUGACCAUUUCAGAAACUGACCUUAUGACCAUUUCAGAAACUGACCUUAUGACCAUUUCAAAAGCUGCAACCAUUUCAGAAACUGACCUUAUGACCAUUUCAGAAGCUGCAACCAUUUCGAAAGCUGAACAUCGGACCAUUUCAGAAGUUCUGACUGCGAAGCAAUAAGACAUGACACCGCUUUCAGAUGUUGGAAAUUGAUAUUGUGUAGGCUUUGCUCAGGUGAGCCUUUGUGAUGGGCUACUUGAAUGUGACCCCCCGUUGCAGACCAAAGAAACUUGGAGACAUUAUUUAAAGAAAAGAUCUCCCAACGGGAUAAUGGACUUAUGUUUGCCAAAUUUUGGAGAAAGUAAUCUGAUAACACCCCUAGUAUUGACAAUUCAUCUCUGACUAAUACACUUGUAGUCAUGAUAUUGUUCGGACACAGGCACAGGAGUUUGGACUGGAUCAGUUUGACAUACGAUCUCUCUUGUGGUUUAUAAAUAUACUGAACAAAAAUAUAAAUGCAACAUGUAAAGUGUUGGUCCCAUGUUUCAUAAGCUGAAAUAAAAGAUCCCAGAAAUGUUCCAUA